GUCUCCAAGCAUACCUCGGAGAACAAAUCCGUCCCGUGGGUGUCUGUCUCCGCGUGGGUCUCCCCCAGGGAACGUGCGGUUUUGGACGUGGAUCCGGUGCAAAACGGUCAUGUCCGUGAACACCGCACACGGGCUUCCUCUCCUGCCCGGGAACGCGUUUCGGGACACGUCGAGGUCGGCCUUUCCCAGGCCUCAGACGCUGACCUACGGGAACGGCUACGCGCUACGCGGGCGGCCCGCGGUCGGCGGCGGACAGCGCGCGCCGAGCUACGGCGACACGGUGCAGCUCGCGGCCCAGGCCACCGACCACGUCGGCGCGCGCCGCUUCGUGCCGGCGCGCGCGGCUCAUGACAAGAAGGUGCUCCGUUUCUACGGCUACUUCCGGCAGGAAGUGCAUGACUCUCCAGACGAGCGCUGGCGCAUACGCCCCGUGGUCAUUUACUACUACCUGGAGGACGACAGCAUGUGCGUGAUGGAGCCGGAGGUGGAAAACUCUGGAAUGCCGCAGGGAAAACUGCUGAAGAGGCACAAGCUGCCCAAGAGCCAGCAGGGGGCGGUUUACCACUGGAAGGACCUCAACGUCGCCAUGGACCUGUGUGUGUAUGGCACCGUGUACAGACUCACACACUGCGACCCCUUCACUCAGGAGUUUAUGGAGAGCCAGGGCAUAGUUCUGAACGACCCUGAGCCAACAGCCAGUGACCCCUACACGAGCGGUAGAAGGAAGCCGCAACUUUACCACAUCACGCCAUCAAACUAUGACAACUUCAAGCAGUUCCUCACCAUGGACGGCAAAGUACUGCGAUUCUUUGCUCUGUGGGAUGACUCAGGCUCUCUGUACGGGGAGAAGCGUGCAGUGUUACUUCAUUUCUACCUGGUGGACGACACAGUGGAGAUCCGAGAGGUGCAGCAGCCCAACAGUGGCCGCGAGCCCGUCCCUCUACUGUUACACCGACAGAGAGUGUCCAAACGCGCCAGAGCAGCCUGCCAGCCCUUCCCUAGCUGUGUGCUGGAAGUGUCAAAACAGGAAGUUGAAGAGUAUUACUCUCCAAAGGAUUUCCGGGUCGGGGAGGAGCUGACACUUUUGGGAAAGCGUUUCCUGCUGUAUGACUGUGACGCGUUCACCCGGAAGUACUAUGAGCAGCAUCACCCUGAGAUCCUGCUUAAGCCCCUCCCCUUGGACAAGAAGCCCCAGGAAUACUGGAAGAGGGUGAUCCCACCAUACAACGGCUUUGGCUCUUUGGAGGACUCUGUCCAGAACUGUCUGUCUCUGGUUCCGGAGCCGCCCAAGAAAAACCUGAUAAAAGCGCUGGAGAAAGAUCACAAAGUACUGCGCUACGCUGCCAGACUGGACUCCCAGAAUCCUCAGGACAGGGGACGUCACUUCAUCAUCUCCUACUUCCUGGCCAACGACGCCAUCAGCAUCUACGAGACUCCCAAGCGCAACUCCGGAAUCAUUGCAGGCAAGUUCCUGGAGAAGACCCGGAUCCCCAAACCAGGGAGCACCGUCGACAACCCGGAAUACUACAGCCCAGCCGAUUUUGCCAUAGGAGCCACGGUGGAGGUGUUUAGGCACCGAUUCGUAUUGACAGAUGCUGACCAGUAUGUGCUCGACUACCUUGAGUCGGUCUCAGAACAGGAUCAGGUUCCCGAGCGGACGCUCUCCUCCCUCCGUCAGGCUCUCCGUCCCGGCGGGGCGCUAGGUCCGAUCCGCGCGCUCGAAGACCCGUCCGAGCCCACGGCAGGUGCGCCCAUCUCAGUAUGUUAAUUCAGCUAGUACUCUGCUAAUUCCAGAUGAAGGAAUUCCUGCCUCUUCCUAAAGCUUCCUUGCUGCUGGAGGAAUUCUCUUCGGUAUUCUCCAUAUCCUUAUAGCCACUGUUAAUGCACACUUAAAAAAAAAGGUUUUAUUAGCCUACUUUUCCCAGUGUUCCCUCUGGCAUAUUGACCUCAUGAAACUCCACCUUUCUGAGAGUAACGAUGAUGUAACGAUAAUGUACCCUGCACCAAUAAAAGCUCAUCCUCAGUGUGGCACUGAA